CUAUCAUCACUUCUUUGGUGGAAACUUAAGUGUCAAGUUUAGCUCCUGCUGUGAUCAGUGCGCGUCUACAAUCAAAAACCGUUCAACAUCCCCAACUUCGACAUAUAUCAAAGGACUUUUAACACACGAAUUCCCAAACAUCAGUCUCAGCAUGAAGUUCAGUGUUGCGUUUGCUUUGUUGGUGAUCGUCGGCUUUGUGGCCAGCGGCGAUGCCUUGCCAGCCAGGAAAAGAAUGGUCUACUACCAGCAGCCAGCCGCCGCCGAAUGGUACGGAUCAGCUCCCCAGCAGAGGAUUAUGUACAUGCAGUAUGUGCAGCCAGGCCGCACGCAUGCGCGCUCCACUCAGGCUGCCAGUGCCCUUGUGGCUGGUGAAACCGUCGCCACCGGCACCUAUCUGAAGGAUUGCAAUCACGCAGAAUCCGAUGUGGCAGUCAGCGCCGAUGGCAUCAGCGCAGAGAGUGCCCAGGCUGAUGAUGUCCUAAGCGCUGCCGGCGCCAAUGGCGCCAGCUCCGUGGCCGAAGCCUAUCCCGAUGAGGCACCUGUGGUCCAGAUCGCCAUUGAUAGCAGCGACAGCAACGACAACGUCAGCAGCGUGAGCAGCGACAGCAGUGAGAAGAGCGACAGCGUCGAUGCCGAAGCCCAGCCGGCUGUGGCUGAAAGCGACGAUGCCGCCAAGGUGCCCCGUGACUUCAACUUUGCCGCCGAGGAAGCUGCCCCAGCCGUUGAGCAGCCCGCGCCCGAGCCAGCUGUCGCCCAGGUCAACGCUGACGAUGAUGUGCUGCCCGCUCCAGCUCCAAUUGCGCCCGUUGCCCCCGUCGUGCCCGCCAACCGUUAUCUGCCCGCCAAGAAGAAGGUGAUCGUCGAGCUGGACCAGUCUGCCGAGGAUGUUGAGGAAGCCCAGGUGGCCGCCUUUGAGGAUGAGGAGGUCGAGAACGCUGUUGCCGAUGACGUCGACGAAGAUGAGGAGGAGCUGGCCGCUCCCGUGCCCGUGCCCGUCAAGCCUGUGGCCAAGUAUCCCGCCCGCGUGCCCAACGCUCGUCGCCCCGUUGCCAAGAAGCCCGUCCCAGUUGCCAACAAGCCAGCGAAGAAGCCCGCCGCUCCUCUGCCCGCCGGCACCUUCUUCCCAAUUGACUUCGGUGGCACCAGCGGAGGCGCCAUUGCCAUUGCCAACUCCUUCAGCACCGGCGAGGGCGGCUCAGCCACCUCGCAUGCCAUCGCCUACGGCUCGCCUGAUGCCGUUCGCGCUCGCGUCCGCCCCAAUCCCAGCAAGCGUCGUCACUAAUCUGCUGCUGCCAUAACUGCCCACAUGCUCCAUGACUGACGCUCAGCCCCACUGCGACGCCACUUGAAUUCUUACCACCAAUUCUUGCUAAUGCAUCGCCAGGUGCAACGAUACUUUAACUUGAGUCCGCGCCGAGUCUGUAAUCAAAGAACUUUUUAACUAUUAGCCAAAUUGUAAACCUUCUGAGCGCAUUUCAAUAAAACUUCUUUCUGUUAAUACAAAAA